AUGAAGCGGCAGGCGCAACCUAGCAUCGCAGGCAACAACAUCGAUUCCGAUAUCCCUGACUCUGAUCCUGUCAACACCGACCUGCUAUGGUCCACUGUCAGAAUGGCCACGUCAAAUACUUCCAGCGAUUCAUCGACUACCCAGACAACCACGGACCCAGAGCCUGCUCCAAAAAGGCAAAAGCGGAGCUCUGAUACUGAAGCAAGCAUCGAUGACGCAGACUUCGAAACGACGGUUCUAAUUCCACGUGGUGUCGAAAUCCUUAGGGGUACAGACGCUUACGACUUUCCGCGCACCCAUUUCAAAACGAAAACGGCCCCCGAGUCUGGAAAGAAGGCAAUUUAUCACGGGCUACUGGGUGGACAGCCAAUGGAAAUCUUUAUUGACGGAGGACCCGACUUUGUGCAACGGGUGGUGAAGCAGUACCGCACUUUCGACUCCUGGAGAUUGAACGAGCGGGGAUGGUCGAACCUUGCGUUGAAGUACUUCCUUGAGCAGGAAAUAAUGGACCUGGACCCCAAGGAAGCCCACCAGUUUCUUGUCGAACGACGAGAUGAGGAAUCGAUUCAACUAGACGAUGAUAACACAAACUGGAAGGCUCCACCACUGCUUGCAGAAGACGAAUCAACAAAGAGAUACUCGUUUCAAAUAUCACCAGGCGCAAUGUAUUGGCUUUCUUUACAAGCAUUCGGGCACAACUGGAAGCUCUCUGCUGACAGAUACACACACCAUCGGUACCGAGUUCUGUGUCCAUAUCUCUCCGUCGACUUCAAGGAGGAUCGUCAUGACAAGAACGCUAUGCGUAAAAGUGUCAACCAGAUGACCUGUGCGGCUGUACUUAGUCUCUACAAUCGAUGGAGGCUUCGAUACGACGCCGUAAAAGUACGUGAGGAUUCCUCUUGGACUACACCAGACCAUGAAGCCGCACGGCAUUACGGAAUAAUCAUGGCCGGCGUAGACUUCCAGGUCUGGAUUGCAGACGCGAAAGUUGAUAAGUCUGGGCAGUGGCUGGGGAGUAGAGUCCGCCUGUUAAGCGAAGGUCGACUCACGGCGGCGGGCGACGUCCGCAUGUUUGUUGGCUGGGUGAAUGAGAUUCACCACUGGGGCCUGGGAAAAUACGCUGAAGGGGUGAAGAAUGACAUCUGGGCACUUGCGAAGAAGGAUGGCCGUGAAGCUGAUCUGAAGAUCAAGACAUCUAGAGGCUCAAGGAGGCGUUGA